CGAAUUGACCGCUGACCCAGUGACUGAGGUCUGGGGCAGCGUUACAGUGAACACAGCUGCCUCCACCAGCAUCAAACCAGAGAGGAGAUGGACAGACAGGAAGCGAUCCUCCACAGAACGAAGAGUAAAAAGCUCCUCCGUCGACUUUUAAAGUUACACCAAGGUGGAUUAGCUAAUUACUAAUUCUGCAUUACAGCUGCUUUGGCAGAAGCCUCUGAAGUUUGUAAAACCUUUCUCAGUGCAGACACUUCAGAUCCGCUUGUAAACGUCCCACUGCUACUUUUUAUUUCACUUGUAAAACCUGGGUUCAAGUCCAUAGUUUUAAAAGCCUCAGGUCUGCAUUCAGGCCCUGCUGGCAGCAGACGAUAGGCCACUAUCACGUAUCUAAACACAAAAGAAUGGCUUGAUUUAUGCCCAGCCUGGGUAAAUACAGUCUGACCACGUGAUCCGCAGUGUGACCAAUGGGGAGCGGGGAAGAAGGUACGGGCAGCAAAAAAAUGACUACCAUUUUAGGGGAGGAUGUAAGCCACUAUACCAGCCCAUCCAACGUUUUACAGUCGCACUUAAGUGUAUUUUUAUUGAAAUAAUAAAAUAAACAUGUCGCUAACGAAUUAUUAUUCCAUGAUGGGGCUCCACACCGAAGAGCCGUAUGGGGCCCAUUUCAUCCCGGGAGGUUUUCAGGGCUCGACGGCCGGCUGCGCAAAGCCGUCCCGGGGAGUGGAGGAGGAGGAGGAGGGGACCCCCGGCUCGCACAUUCCGGAUUUUUCUCAUUUUUCCAACAAACAAACGGGCUUGAACGGCUUCUCGCCCUGGACCAACACCUCCACGUCCUCGUCGUCGUCCUCUCCGCAGCUGCAGUCCGCCCCUGGCGCCUCCAUCCCCGGGCUCUUCCAUCCACACCACCUCCUGAGCCACCACCACCCGUACUACGGCCCGCAGACGCACGCGGAGCACUUCGCGUCGUCCUCCGCCGCGGAGGCCCGGUUUGUGCGCUGCUGGGAGGGCGCCGGCUCCGCCUCGGACGCCGCCUUGUCUCAGGCGUCGCUCGGCUUCGCCGGGUGCGUCCCGGCGCAGGGCGAGCUCGCCGGUCGCAGUCCGAGGUACGAGGCGGUGAAACCCGAGAAUUCACCGCCGUCACGCGACAGCCCGGACGACUCCAGCUUCACCAGCCCGACCGAGGUGGUCCUGGAGCGGCUGGGGACGGCGGAGGAGCUCGGCAGGAAGUCUGAGCCCAAAAAGGAGGACGAGGAGAGACCGGCGCCGCAGCAGCAUGACCCGGAAAAUCCAUCAGCAAGCUGGAUCCACGCCAAGUCCACCCGAAAGAAGAGGUGUCCGUACACCAAGCACCAGACCCUGGAGCUGGAGAAGGAGUUCCUCUACAACAUGUACCUGACCCGGGACCGACGCCUGGAGGUGGCGGGACUUUUGAACCUGACAGAGAGACAGGUGAAAAUCUGGUUCCAGAACAGACGGAUGAAGAUGAAGAAGCUGAUGAUCCGAGAGCGGAGGAGUAUGAACGAAUGAUCCAUCAUUCGUUCAUACGGGAGGUGGUGAGGCUGAAGCAGGCCAUGCUUCACCAUGUUUAAGGUCAGCUGAUGCCGUGGGAUCCGGCGCAGACCGUGGAGCCAACAUGGCUGCCCUGCAAAACUGCAGCGAAGCUCUGCGUGGGAGACCACAUUUAGCUGCAACACCACGUUUUUGUUCGUUUUUUGGGCCCUCGUCGACUCUGAUGCAGAAUUGUUCCAUAUGCAUGUGGCAAAUUUAAAGACAGUCAUGCUUCUAAAAGAAGAGAAGCUGGAUAUAAGUAAAAUGAUAACAUACGUGAUGUGUGAAGUGAAGAGUCGGAGAGACAAAGAGCAAAGGCUGCUCAUUUGUGACCACAGCUGUUUUUGAUGAGGGCAUCUGAUGUCUAAAUCUGGAACCACCUGACACAUACUUCACAUCAAUUGGCUGCGAUUUCGGCCAAAAUGUGAGCCGUGCUUUAUGAUUUAGUGCUAAAACCACCAUCCUUGUGAAAAAAGUCUGAAUUCAAUGACGCAGCCGUCAGACAGGAAUCCUGAGAGUGAUGCACAGCACAGAGAGGGUCCGAGGGUCAAAUGGAAGAGGGGCGGAAGGAGGGAAGCUGUUGGUGGCUUUGCUUCAGCGGUGAAAUCAUCAUAAGCCGUAUGUCGGACCAUGGGAUUCACUGUCAUGGAGCUGAUUUCAUGUGAAGUCAGUGGGAUCAUGUGAGAUCAGAGAGCAUCACGUGACUACGCUGCUUCACUGUAUGAACAUGAAAUCCUCCCAUAAUCAUCCCCUUAUUGUGGAGACGGAUGCUGUGCUGGAUGCAACCUGUUGGACUUGAAUUCGUUGUCGACCCACAUCUUAAAGGCUCCGUGUGACGUGUUCAGGUGAGCUCUGCUUCAUGACACGCGUGUUACAGCUGAUGCCGGUCUCCCCCAAAGAGCUUCUCACGUCUCUGAACCUGUGCAUGGACUUAUCUGUUGUUAUUGUUGUUGCUGUUGUUCUGUGUGUAUGUUGUUACCGUGAGUCUUUGUGCAGCUGUGCUCAUGCCUGUACCCCCCCCCCCCCCCCCCCAACACACAUACACCAGUCAUGGCUAAGCUAUGAUGGGCAGCAGUGCAGUGUGAGGGUCAUUGUUCACCGUUAGCUCCUGGGACAAACGACGCACAAACGAUCCUGGACGCAUGGAAACGAGUGGAUGAUCUGUGGAAGUGAUGCCCGCGUUGUCGCCCGCCUCUGUGACGAUGGGGCGGCUUCAAGAACAAGGAACAGAAGAGGAAGGCAUCAGGCCGGGGCCGACGGCGGCAGACGUGUGCUGGAGUCAGGAUGUGAUAAAAUGAGGCCUCCGGUGCUCAGUCAGGCUUAAUAUGCUGCUCGUGGUCGUCUUUUUUAAAGGAAAUAAAUCACAGACUACAUGGUUGAUAAUCACAGGACCUCUGUGUUGGUUUUUACCCUCAGUGCUUCUUGGUGACUUCCUACAAUGACUGGUUCUUUGCUUUACACACAUUUUCAGGUUUUUUCUGUUUCAUGGUUGUUUGGAGGUUGAGUCAACAGACGAACCAGAUAAACUCACCUGAACGACUGGGACCAACGACCGACCGCUGCCACCAGCGUUAGCACAUGUACUGAUGACAGAACGACAAUAUAAACGCCACACGGACACACAAGAACCAACAAUGUAUUCAAGUGUUGACUUAAGACAAAACGAUCUUUGCCAAAUGUAGAAAAGUUUGAUUCCAGCCUCAUGAUAUUAAAAGAACUUGUGUAAAGAUAGUAAUGGUGUUUUCAUU